AUGACGCCACCAGACAAAUUCGUCUUUGUCGAGGUCAAUGCGGGAGAAUCGGCGCAUACCAAAGGGCUGCGAAUAUCAAGUGUGAGAUCUCAUGCAGCUCUGAUCACUCAUCAGAAAAUCAGAGCGAGCAAUCGAAGGCCGCCCCCGCCCCGCUCAAACACAGACACGCCAACCUCGCUAGAUGGUGCCCCGGUAGUAGCAAAGGCUCAACCUUUCCGGCGCUUUCGAGUUCACAGACCGAGCUCGCCUCCUACUUCGCCAGAUAAGGAAGAGGAUACGUACGAAUAUGUACCAGCACCAGGACCUCGUCUACUAGAAUAUUACCCCAUCAGUCCUCCAGAGAGUCCGGAUUCAGGCCACUACAGCGAUAAUCUCGAGUUAACGACAAGCAACCGCGAAGUGGACGAACAAAGGGAGCCUGCGUAUGAGGUGAACACCCGAUAUAUCAAGCAAGUUGAGCCUACGCAUGAUCAGGGGUGGCCAUUCGCACCCCAGAGUCCUUCGAUCUCAGAUCUCUUCUCUGGAUUCCGAACCGAUCCCUUUCAUUGUAUCCCGGGUAGCGUUGAUACCCGAGUCGCAUCGACGAUUGAUUUCUACGCCCAGCAUCUAAGUCCUGGCAACGAUGCGGUUUGCUAUGUGUUUGACGUCACAAAUAUCUACGCUUGGUUCCUCGAUGCACUGGCCGUGGGGCAUUUCUACGACGCUGGAAUGAGUGUUGUACAGGGACUACAUGAUGACGUGAGAGCAAUCGAUCCUUCCACCUCCCCACAAGUCCUCACACAUCGAGGUAAAGCCAUGGCAAAAGUCAGGCAGAGAAUUCUCAAGGACGCGAUCAACGUAGACGACAGUACCGUUAUCGCCAUGAUCUUUCUGGCGGUUCUCGAACGGUCCUUCCGGAACACCAGUGCGCACGAACUCCACAAGAAGAACUUGCAAAUGAUUGUGUCUAAAAGAGGCGGCUUGAAGGCUUUUCAAGAUGGCUCACUAGUGAAGGGAGCGAUGCUGCAGUUUGACACACUGUGGUCGUUGGACUCUGGCAAAACCAUAUUCCCGGGUGAGCGUCGUCAGCAUGACCCUGAGCUCCCCAGUCAUCCAUACUCUCCGGAACUGUGUAAGGUUAUUGAAAGCUUCCCGCCAGGCUUCGAGGCACUAGCUCUCGAAGGUGUGCUAUCAUAUGACGUGAUCCCAUUGGUUUAUCGAGCGGCCCAUCUGGCACGCUUGAGCCCCAGUGCUCGCUGGCAAUUACUAUCCACGAAACGCAGGUUACCCGGGCAAUACAACGAUUUCGCAGAGGCAUGUCCCUCAUUAGCAAUCAGUGGUCGCAGCGGCUCAAUGUUGGAGAAGUUGAUAGCCACCGCCAUCUUGUGCUUUGCCUACACGGGUUUUGGUUCGCGAACCUCUGCAAGUGCGCUUCGAGGGUCGAGGGCGGAGCUACUAAUGAAUUUGCACCUUUACAACCCUAAAUCCGUCGCGGAAGCCGAUUGUCUGCUGUGGAUGUAUGUCGUCGCCGUUGACGCUUGGAGUGUGGGGUCGAGGCUCCAACCUGACGGCCUCGUGCUGCUGGUGAAAUUGCAAGAAGGGUACCCUGCAACACGAAGUGUCGAUGCCGCUAUCACCAUGGCGAGAAGAUUUCUUUGGACCAGUCUGCUUGAUGAAUCGGUGCGUUCUUAUUGGAAAGAUUUAGUCUCGAAUGACUGA